CCAGGAACCUGCGCGCGGCCGCGGCGGUGUUUCCCGGGGGCCGGUUGGCGGGCGGACCCAGACGGUGCGGCGCGGAAGUGGGCGGCUGCGGGACGCGCGCGGAGCCGCGCGGCGGGCGGGAGCUGGCCGAGCUGGAGGGCGCGGGGGAGCGGGGCUCGGGCGGCCCCCGGGGCCCGGCAGAGCGGGCUUCUGGGGCGCCUGCGGCGGCGCCGGGGGAGCGGGCUGGGGAUGGGGCGCCGAGCCGGGCGGCGGCCGGGGCCUCGGCCAUGUUCGCGGGGCUGCAGGACCUGGGCGUGGCCAACGGCGAGGACCUGAAGGAGACCCUGACCAACUGCACGGAGCCGCUCAAGGCCAUCGAGCAGUUCCAGACGGAGAACGGCGUGCUGCUGCCCUCUCUGCAGUCGGCCCUCCCCUUCCUGGACCUCCACGGGACGCCGCGGCUGGAGUUCCACCAGUCGGUGUUCGACGAGCUGCGGGACAAGCUGCUGGAGCGGGUGUCGGCCAUCGCUUCGGAGGGGAAGGCGGAGGAGAGGUACAAGAAGCUGGAAGAGCUUCUGGAGAAGAGCUUUUCUCUGGUCAAGAUGCCGUCCCUGCAGCCUGUGGUGAUGUGUGUCAUGAAGCACCUGCCCAAGGUUCCUGAGAAAAAGCUGAAGCUCGUGAUGGCUGACAAGGAGCUGUAUCGAGCCUGCGCCGUGGAGGUGAAGCGGCAGAUCUGGCAGGACAACCAGGCCCUCUUCGGGGACGAGGUCUCCCCGCUGCUGAAACAGUACAUCCUGGAGAAGGAGAGCGCGCUCUUCAGCACAGAGCUCUCCGUCCUGCACAACUUCUUCAGUCCUUCCCCCAAGACCAGGCGCCAGGGCGAGGUGGUGCAGCGGCUGACGCAGAUGGUGGGGAAGAACGUGAAGCUGUACGACAUGGUGCUGCAGUUUCUGCGCACGCUCUUCCUGCGCACGCGGAACGUGCACUACUGCACGCUGCGGGCCGAACUGCUCAUGUCCCUGCACGACCUGGACGUGGGCGAGAUCUGCACCGUGGACCCGUGCCACAAGUUCACCUGGUGCCUGGACGCUUGCAUCCGAGAGCGGUUCGUGGACAGCAAGAGGGCUCGGGAGCUACAGGGCUUUCUGGAUGGAGUCAAGAAGGGCCAGGAGCAGGUGCUGGGGGACCUGUCCAUGAUCCUGUGUGACCCCUUCGCCAUCAACACGCUGGCGCUGAGCACAGUCAGGCACCUGCAGGAGCUGGUUGGCCAGGAGACGCUGCCCAGGGACAGCCCCGACCUCCUGCUGCUGCUCCGGCUGCUGGCGCUGGGCCAGGGAGCCUGGGACAUGAUUGACAGCCAGGUCUUCAAGGAGCCCAAGAUGGAGGUGGAGCUCAUCACCAGGUUCCUCCCGAUGCUCAUGUCCUUCCUGGUAGAUGACUACACUUUCAAUGUGGAUCAGAAACUUCCGGCUGAGGAGAAAGCCGCAGUCUCGUAUCCAAACACACUUCCUGAAAGCUUUACUAAGUUUCUGCAGGAGCAGCGCAUGGCCUGCGAGGUGGGGCUGUACUACGUCCUGCACAUCACCAAGCAGAGGAAUAAGAACGCGCUCCUCCGCCUGCUGCCAGGGCUGGUGGAGACCUUCGGCGACUUGGCCUUUGGCGACAUCUUCCUCCACCUGCUUACGGGCAGCCUGGCGCUGCUGGCGGACGAGUUUGCCCUGGAGGACUUCUGCAGCAGCCUCUUCGAUGGCUUCUUCCUCACCGCCUCGCCCAGGAAGGAGAACGUGCAGCGGCACGCCCUGCGGCUCCUCAUUCACCUGCACCCCAGGGUGGCCCCAUCGAAGCUGGAAGCCUUGCAGAAGGCCCUGGAGCCUACAGGCCAGAGUGGAGAGGCUGUGAAGGAGCUUUACUCUCAGCUUGGCGAGAAGCUGGAGCAGCUGGACCACCGGAAGCCCAGCCCGGCGCAGGCGGCGGAGACGCCCGCCCUGGAGCUGCCCCUCCCCAGCGUGCCUGCCCCUACCCCACUCUGAGGCUCCCCCAGGGAAGCUUGGUGCUGGGGCCCUGCUGAGUCACAGCCAUGGUCAGCCAGAAGGGACUCUCGGACCUGGGUGUGCAGGGCAGUCCCCCCUCCCGGGGCUGUGGCCAGGCCUGUCCUGUGGUCAUGGCCCCCCCUCCUGCUCCCUGGAGCCGGGUCCGGGACUGGCCUGCCAUCCACGCGGCAGCUCCCAGGGCACUGCCUCUCCUUGUACUUUCACAGCCAUAGAAAGUGUGGUCAUCUUCCAUUUUCCUGGGUUAGGAAAAACCCACCUGUUUUCCAAGGGGAGAGGGUGGGGCCGGAGGGUGGGGCGCAGCCUCUGUUUUGGCCCAGCCUGGCCAAGGUGAGGCACACUGCUUUCCACCCUGGGGUGGUGGAGAUGGAGCUGGGACCUCAUGGAGGUCAUGGGCAGCAACCAGGCCUGUGCCAUGGCGCGUGUCCCGGGUCCUGUGCGGAGGGAGCCACCUCACUCUGCAGCCCCAGGUGCCCCAUGGCCUAUUGAGCCACAUUGCUGCCUUCAAUGGCCGCUACCGGGCCAGCUGGGCACACAGGGAGAUUUUAUGUAAAUAAAAGGCAUUUUCGUAAACCUGG